AUGAUGGAUUCUCAAACUCCCCAUCCUGACAGCUCAGAGCUGACCAAUGUCAUGCAAGAUGGACUUCAUGGCGGCGGCGCCUCAUCGCGCGAUGAUACCGACACGGAACUGCAGCGCAACAUCUCUCGUAUUGAGCGUCUGCAGGUUGAAGAGAGGCGGGACGCUCUACCGUCGCCAAUGGCCACUCUACUUCCUGAGCUCCUUUCGACAAUCUUCGUCAUCUAUGCGAGAGAUGACUUUGCACUUGCCAAUCUGCGAUGGACCAAGCUUUUGUUCGUAUGCCGACACUGGUACGAUGUUGGUAUGAGCACUCCGGAGCUCUGGAGUAGCAUCGACCUCUCCGACGAUCGCGAUCGAGACGGAAACGUGACUCGCACGUUAAGGCGCGUUCUAAUACAGAGAACUCGUGCAGGGAAAUGGCCGUUGACAGUGAAAAUUGGAAUGCUACAAGGCCGUGAAUCCAACAAGCAAGCCACUCUCAUCUCGGCGCUGUGGGAUCCUCUUACCUUGUACUCUCUGACAGUUGGGAGCAACCGCUGGUAUACAGAGAAAGUAUCGGAAAAGCUAGAAGCACAUCCGCAUACAACUCUCAGACACCUUACGAUGCGCUCCCAUAAACAGACCAAUCCCAGCUCGAUCCCAGAUAUUGUGUUGGGUGUUCAUACCCCGCAAUUGCGACACCUGUCGGUUGACUGCAUGGCGUUCAACUUCAACUCUAUUCAAGGCCUGCGAAGCCUGCACGCCUCUUUCAAGCAGGGGUUCUCGAUAACCUUUGAGUUAUCGGACAUACUCGAUGCCCUUGUCCAAUGCCCGCUUCUCGAGCAUCUCCAAUUGAUAAUGCCCGGGUCAUUUAGACCCGAGGCGGCACCCGCAGCCAGAUAUGCAGCGUUGUCGCAUCUGGCCUCCGUCACCUUACGCGGCACCGACGAGUUUUGCAGCAACAUGCUGCGCGCCCUCCGAGACUUGCCAUGCACUACAAGCAUCGCAACAUCGAACUUGCGCAAAGCAUGGGAUGCCAAUCUUUCAGCUCCCCCCUCUUCACUUUCUUACUUCAAGGAUCAUGCCUCCAGAGCUGACGCGCCGGCAAUCCGUGUCCUUGGCCUAGUGAGGGAGCCCAGAGGCUUCGCGGCGCAACUCUUUCAGUCCGGUCUUACGGGUGACCUUGAACCCCGUCUUUGCAUCACCGGCCCGCAGUGGGGGGAGACUGGACGACCGCGCGCACGACCGUACCUUUGCGCCGUGGCCACGUUCGACACAGUCUCUUCGCAGAUCAAUGCUCUACAAACCAUCCUACAGUAUUGGCCGAUUUCUCAGGUCACGCAUCUCGAUGUGCGCACAAGUGCGCCAAUCGACGCGGACGUGUGGAGAGUGCUCUUCGCGACACUACCCACUGUAACCACUGUGAUGAUUCGCCCCGAGUCUCCAGCGGCGACUACCCUAUUUGAGGUUCUAGAUGAACACCUGAGAGACAGAGGUGGUUGCGUCAUCGAGAGCAUCAUGCUCGACCUCACAUGGACCGGUGCCCAUACACGAACAGAAGUCAGUACUGGCCCUCGCGCCGUGAUGUUUGUGCGCGGUAUACUGGGGCACGCCCUCGCAUACUGCGCUGAGGCUAUGCGAGCAAACGUACCGUUGGAGACUAUGGAGGUCGUCAAUGAUAAGAGGAACUACCUAGACUCGGUCGAUUGCAAUGAGUUUUCCAAGGACCUCGGGCGGGGAUUUGUCUAUCGUGGUACCUUGUACAGUACGGCUCGGGAGUGA